UUUGAUUGAAAUUCUUCAAGCAAAUAAAAAUAUAACAGAUCUUCAAAAACUAUUAAAAUCUUUAAGUAUAUUACGAAUUAGAAAUGAAACUGUACUCAAUCUAAUGUCAGUUUGGAUCUUAGAAAAUCGUGAAAAUAUAAAAUCAGAUGAUGUGUGCGGUUUGUUAAUGACAUUUGCAGUUUUAGGAUAUAUUCCAACAAAUUUUAAUGAUAUAUUUGAGCAACUUAUAACACCUAUAAUACAAAGCAAAUCGUUAACAACUUUUGAAUUGUUGGAUAUGGUUUGGGCCUUAACUGUUUUGGAAAAAGCUUCAGCAGAACACGCAGAAAUGAUUUUAAAUUAUGACUUUUUAAAUAAUGAUCAUUUAUGUGCACAACCAUCGAAAAUUAUAAAAAUACUAAAUAUUAAUGCAGCAGCAAGUGUUAGUAUACCAAAUUAUACAGGACCAAUACUACCAGAAAACUCAUUAUUUUUUAAGCCCGAUAUAAUUUUAUCUAAAGAAAGAAUUAAAAUUUCAAACCCCAUAAUCAAGGCUUUGAAGUUACUAUUGCCUGCAAAUAAUACAUACAUGAAUAGUUAUAAUAAUACAAAUAUGGGUUUUAUAAUAGAUGCAGAAUUUUGUGUAGAUAAUAAUUGUACACCUUUUCCUAUUAAUUUGACAUUAAGCGAAGAAAUUAAUAGGGUAGCUGUUUUAUCCGUCACAUUUAGUGAAAUGUGUUAUGAACUAACUGAAGUCAUGGGGAAAAUUAAAUUUUAUUCCAAACUAUUAGAAAAAAAGGGAUACAAAGUAUUAUUACUACCAUACAAAGAAGAACAAUCUAAGCAACCUCUUAUAUCGCGAGCAAAAUUCAUUAACGAAAAGCUUAAACAACUAUUAGAAAAAUAAUAUUACUUAAGAAAAAUACAAAAUAAAAUUAUAUAAGUAAA